AACUGGACUUCAGUUCAGCAAGAACCCGGCCGUAUGCAAGACCCUCCCCAACACUCUAAACAGUUCUCAACGUAAUGCGUAUCAAGCCAGCCGUUUCGAUAGUCGCCAGCCAGAUCCGAUCCAAAUAUUUUAAACUGGACACACGAGCAGGACAUUUGACAUUUCGGCUUUUAUCUACCUCUACUUUGCAAUGGACCGAAUAACACUUCAACCUGUUUUCAACGACCUUCAACGUCUUUUAGAGAAAGAGUCAUUGUCGAAAGAAGAGUGCAGGUAUAUCAGCGAUUCCCUCGUACACUUUCGCAACAACUUGUGCAUUUCCGAAGAUUUUGCCAACGAAAUAUCCGGUGAGUCUAUUGUGACAGUAUCCAACAUUGUUCGUCCCAAUAGUUUCGUUGGGAAUUUCACGUAUCAUCGCAGCGAUAUCGGCUCUCAUUUGUCGAAAAAUUGCAUUUUGUGGAAUUUGUUUACACUGGGAAUCGAUCGUCUCCUGAUCAAUUUGCUGGCUCACGCGGAAAAAGCAAAAUGGAUAACAACGAUAGCUGAGCUCAUUGCGCUAUUCUACAAAGAGCGGAAUGACCAAAAUGGAGUGCCGAACUUUUUUGGUAUAGGCGUGAGCGUGACGGCGUCAGGUGAUAGUGACCGCCCUAUUUUGUCGCGAUCACUUGAGAAUUCUGCAAAUGCUCAUCUGAAACCAGCUAAUCGACGUCGAAUGUCGCAUGACGUCACAGAAUUUUUCCAGCCUGAGCCAACCGAAAAAGAAAUGUCAAAACUAUUAACACAAUUCACUCUCAAUUUCCUACUGCGAGGUUACAACAUUCUGGUGUCUCAGCUCCACGAGCAAUUGCUUCUCCAGAAGGAGAAUAAUGUCAAUCAGAAUGACAAUUCGGAUUUCGUUUGGUUCAUUUCCUACUUUUUGCCCUUCGUUUCCCAGUUGAAAAUGAAUUUGAAUCUUUUCAAAGACAUUUUCAUGAUUGACAUUCUCUGUUACCUAACGUGGGAGAGUGUGCGCCAAACGGAAGAAUUCGAAAUGAACUCGUUGCGACUGGUGCCCUCAGCCGAUCUGGAAUCGAAUAAGAGGCGAUUGCAUCGAAGCGUGAAGGCCAUCCUUGAGUAUUUACGAAUUUUGGAGGAACACACUCGUCCUUCUAACAAUUUUGAAAAACAUGCACUUCGGCGAGAGUUGCAGGAACGAGUUUGCAAGCAGCUGUGUCGUAAUCUUCCGGCGGCCCGGGACAUUCGACAAUUAUUUCUGCUCCAACUCUUACAAUUCAAUCCGGACAUUCAGAGUCGGUGCUAUCUUUGCGACGUCAUCACAGCCAACCAUCUGUUGAUGCUGAUACUCGAGCGGGUCCCUCACCAGGAGCCAGGGGGAGCGAGGGAUUUUAAUUUGCAUCAGCAUUUGAAUCAAUUCUGCACAAAAACAAUAAUGGCCCGAUACGGAACGGCUCUCGAAGGCUUCAGGACGAACGGGUCAUUUGUGAACGAUUGCAUUUUCACCAUGUUACAUCAUGUGGGUUGCGAUCUAAGUGAAAUCGCUCUCGUUUGCCAGCCAAAUAUUAUGCGUCAUUUUGCCUCAAUCUGGCAGGAGGCUUUCCAAAUUUCUGACGAUUGGCACGAUCUAAUUGCGUAUGCUGUACACAUAUUUAAUCUGAGCCGUGGCAAAAUUGGCAACACAUCACCUGACCGAGAGACUAGUGAAUUUUCCAAUCAAGACGAUUGGCGUUCGAUGGAAUGUGAAAGUCGCACUAGCCAAACUUUUAACAACGACGAUGACGAGUUCGAAAAUCUCCGAACCGAUUUUGAGUCGUUACUAAUUCUACUCAAAGGCGAUGGAUUUCAGAAACAACUCGAUUGGAUUCAGUCGUCUUUAUUGACGGCCUGUGCAGCACGUUUGGGCAUUUACUCCGACCACGAAUUCCGUCAUCCAAUUAUCUGUUUGAGCUUGAAAUUGAAUACGCCAUGCCCUAUAGUCCCUUGGACGGAAGCGGAAGCCUCCGCAUUGAGUUCGAAACCCUUCCGCUUUUUUCUGCGUCAACUGGGUCUUUUCCCUUCGCUUCCUCACGCUGGCACCUAUCCAAGGAUCCCACUCGAAUGGUCACCAGACACUCUGUACAAUGUGGCUCUUUCGUUGGGUUCCGUUACCCAUCAGCAAGUUGAUUUCGACUUGAGUUGUGUAGGAAAAUUGUAGCUUAUCCAUUUAAUUUAGCUUCGAUCGGUCCCGCUUGAUUACUGCCAGCCAAUCAUUAGAGUAAUUUGUUGUAAUUUUGUCUAUGAUCAGCGACGAUUGAAUGAAGGAAC